AACAUUAUAGAAAAAAAAAAACCUAGAGUCACAUUUAUCUCUCUCUCUCUUUCUUUCUCCCAAUCCCCCGAUCCGCGAUCUCUUCUCCUAUCUCUCGAUAUCGAUCCCUAUUGCUAAACCAUCUGUUUUUCGAUCUCAACUUCGCCGGAGACUUCACCGCCUUGCAGGAGUGGGGCGUUAAAACCUUCGUUCAUUAAAAAUGGAGAAAAAAAAAUCUAAGGAUGAUGAGAAUGAGAAAGCUCUUGAAGCUUCGGUGAUGGAAAACAAUAAAGAAGACAAGGAUAUAGUGGCAGCGGGUACUGGUAAGGACAAUAACGAGGUUACUGAAAUCUCUGUCGACAGAAAGGAGGAGAUCCAGAAGGUUGGGGAAUCCUUCAUGGAUGAAAAACAGGGGGAGAAAACCUCAGAAGUCUCAGUAGAGGAAAAUAAAAUGGCUUCUAAGAAAGCUGAAUUCUCUGGAAGGAAAUCCCCAAGGGUAACCCGAGCGAAAACUAAAACUGUGAAGAGGCUUGUAAAGAGGAUAGUAAAGAGAAAUCCUAUAGCAGGCUCACCUUCUGUUAAGGGGGCGGAUGUGGAGGAUGUGACUAAACAACAGAGAGAUAAUGAAGGUUCCAAUGAGGAACUAACUCCAGCAGUAAGUCACGAGGAAGGUGAAAAAAGGGUUGAAGCUUCUUCUUUCGGAAGAAAUGACGAGGAAGAAAAGAAAGUUAUAGAGGGUUCAGCAGAAGAUUCUCAGCAUUGUGCAGAAGACGGAAAAGAUGCAGAACCUUCACUUUGGGGAAAUGUGAAGGUUUUAGAGAAUGCUGCUGAAGCCCCUCAACCUUCUGCAGAAGAUGAAAAAGUUGCAGAAGCAAAAUAUUCUGAAAGGAAAACCCCAAAGGGGUUAAAGAAAGUGACUAAACCCGUGCAGCCUCGUCUAAAGAGGUUACGAAAGGGAAAAAACAUUAAAGGCACUUCACCUUCUCAAGGAGGGCACAAGGAGGGUGAGACUCUGUUACAUGUAACUAAGGAAGACAUGAAUCUGGAUAUGGUAACGACAGAUACCAAUAAGGAAAAGAAAGAUGCAGAAGCUUCGCCUAGAGGAGAUGAGAAGGCAGUUGAGAAGGUUAUAGAAGGCUCUGUCGAAGCCCCUGAAGGUACGAAGUCAGCAGAGAAGAAACCCUUAAAAGGGCCCAAGGCGAAAGCAGCAAUGCAGACUGUUAAACCCAAAAUUGGUAAUGACAGUCCUCGCUUUCUGGAGAAUGAUCAAGGAAAAAAGAACAAUUCGUUAAAUGGAAGCGGACAAGGUAGUAGUGUUGAGAAAUUGAAUUCUCCAACCGGUGAAGGAGGCCAGAAGGAGAGUGUCGUUGAAAAGAAUAAGCAGGACAAGUCAGCUCUGGACAAAACUGAUUUGACUGAGGCUGACAAACAAAAAAAGCGGAAACGAGUAAAACGGGGAGGACGUGCAAACAAGAAAAGUAAGAAUGAACUUGCUUCUACUGAUGCGGUAAAGCAAGGAACAGAGGAAGGUAAAGAAAAACCGGAUGUCUCCGAGAAGAAAGAAACAAGUGGGAGCAAGAAAGCAAAGCUCGGUGGGUUGAUCUUCAUGUGCAAUGCAAAAACCAAACCCGAUUGUUUUCGCUUCUCUGUGAUGGGUGUAUCGGAACAAAAGAAGGAUAUUGUCAUGGGUAUCAAACCUGGGCUGAAGCUUUUUCUCUAUGAUUAUGGUCUUAAGCUUCUUUAUGGAAUUUUCCAAGCUUCCUCAGUGGGUGGACUGAAACUUGAGCGUAAAGCCUUUGGUGGAUCCUUUCCUGCCCAGGUGCGGUUUAAGGUUUUAAAAGAUUGCGAACCAUUACCCGAAAGUGUAUUCCGGAAAGCCAUAAAGGAGAAUUACAACAACAACAACAAGUUCAAAACAGAGUUGACUCCUAAGCAGGUAUUCAAUCUCAGGAAGCUUUUCCGCCCAGCUCCGGUCCCUUCAACCAUACAACUUCCCCACACUCGGCACCUUGAUACUGACGGAAAACGAUCUGAAAAUAUAGAACGCUAUGCUUCUAGCAGCAGCAGAAGUCGCUCAACCCGCAGACAUGAAGGGAUUCGUGCUUCACCUCCACGCCGAGAAGAACCACGACGUGACUUAUAUCUCACUGAGAGAGAGUACCGAGCAUAUGGGUUGAGAAGAGAACAGACUAGCCAGCAGCAGCAACAUUACCCGAUCCCUCCCCCUGCAGGUUCUUACCAUCCCGACUUGGAGCGUGACCGUCUCUCAAGGCAUCCCGACUUUGAAAUGCAUCGUCAUAGAGAAGCUCAUUACCCCGACCCUCCUCUGUAUUUACCCGAACGAGACUACCUCACCCGACGUGAACUCCUUGUUCCACCUCCGCAGAACCCGACCAAUACAGUCGCUCCGGCUCCGGACUCCUACUCAUCCCGAGACCCAUACCACGGUUACGAAUACCGUUCUCCUGUGGCGGAAAGACCAUCCCGGGCAUAUCCUCCUCCGGGAAGAGACGACGCACUUUAUCUUCGAUAUGUAACGGCGGAUUCAUUGGCCGAGUACUACCGAACCCGGAGGUACGCAGCCCCUGAUCCUCCGCUUCCACCUUCCUCCGUCCCAUCGUCUCGGUACUCCUCUUCCUACCCUUACCGCUAGAUGGAGUUCUGUAAUCUAUCUACCUUUGUGUAUUCGUAGUUUGACAACUUGGAGAAUAAACUUGUUUUUAUAUUUCCUCUCUAAGAACGGAAGGUACGACCUAACAGAGGUUUUUUUUAACUCUACUGAUAAGCAACAUUUUAAUA